CCGUUAUUUUCUCACUUGCUGAAUUUCUUCAUCCGAAUCUUCGCUGCUUCCCCCUGAAUCUUCCUCCGUUUCGCUUUCCUCCGACUCCUCUACUCCCGGAUCCAGCUGCCGCCGUUUGGCUGAAGACGCCAUUUUCCAGCGUCAGCGAAACCUCAUUUCGCAGGAUAUUAACCGAGCCGGAAAUUCCUGCCGUCACCUAUCAACCAGCUACGCUGGUUGCCCCUGAAAAAUCAUCUUUGAUGCUGUAUCAUGUAAACAAACUCCUCAUUCUUAUUACUGAUUAAUGCUUCCGUUUGACGGUGAUGAUUUGGAGCUGCCUCUCCAUAACCUUUGACCCUAAAGAGCGGCCUUCUGACGUAUUCAGUGAUCAGGGACCUGCUGUCGCAAUACCGAUGAAGCAUGAGAAAUGAAAGUCCUUUUGCUUAAAGACCCCAAAGAAGGAGUACUGGGACCUGAUCCAUAUGUUCAGGAAUUUGCUUCACUUGGCCUUCAAGCAACUUUAAUUCCUGUUUUAUCAUUCGAAUUUAUUUCACUUCAGGCCUUAUCAAAGAAGCUUUCACACCCUGAAGCUUACAGUGGUCUGAUAUUUACCAGUCCCAGAGCUGUUGAUGCUGUGACAUUAUGUUUGGGUGAAAAGGCUAUCAGUGAAGAGUGGAAUAAUACUUUAAAAGAACAGUGGAAUGAAAAAUCUAUCUAUGUUGUAGGAAAAUCUACAGCCAAUUUAGUAAAAGAACUUGGUCUUGCAACGCAAGGAGAAGACUCAGGAAAUGCAGAAAAACUAGCUGAGCACAUCUGUAUCAAAGAAUCUUCAAAUUCCCUGCCUCUUCUGUUUCCUUGUGGUGCACUAAAAAGAGAGAUACUUCCCAAAUGUCUAAGAGAAAACAAUGUGCCUUUGGAGAGCUUAACUGUCUAUCAAACAUCUCAGCAUCCGUGCUUCCAGCAAGCUUUGAGUGAUUAUUUUUCAGAACAGGGAAUCCCAAAAAGUAUCACCUUUUUCAGUCCAUCUGGUGUCAAGUUUUGUCUGAACUCUAUUAAAAAAUUGGCAGGAGAAUUCAUUGAUAAAAUUAAGUUUGCAGCAAUAGGACCAACAACAGCUGAAGCCAUGGAAAGAGAGGGACUGGCCGUGAACUGUAUCGCUGAAAAACCUACACCACAAGAUCUGGCAGUUAGCAUAAGAAGGGUGCUGUAACAAAGUGCAAAGGACAUAUUAGUAAAGAGGUGCUUUUUUCUUAAUGAUAAUAUGUUUGCUUUGUUAUCACCCAUUCUUGCUUUAGAUUGUAGCUUUGUGUUUCCUUUCAUUAUAAAAUUGCUUUAGAUCAGGACAGUUCUCUGAUUUGAGCAAUUUGUAAUUAAUUCUCUGAAGAAAAAUCUGUAGUAGUGCAUUUUCUUAACAUGAUUUUCUAAAGCAUUUAUAUUUGUCAAUCCAUUGGAAAUUGCUUGUUGGUUAGUCACACUGAUACAAAGAAAUACAAAAUCCCUUUAUAAGGUAGUGUCAAAUUUACAAUACGCAAUCUUAUUACAUAUAUUUUUCCAAAGAGCUUUAAGAAAUCUUCAUUAUUAAAAUUAAUGUGAAAGUCUUGCAGUCCUGUACUAUAACAAAAAAUGGUCAGUAACCUUUGUUAGUAUUUUAUGAUCAUAAGAGGAAUUUUGGAGUGGUAGGGUAAGAUUUCAAGGAACAAUGUAUGGGCCACUUCUCUAUACGCAACUGAAUGUAAUUCAAUUUGAUGGUAAAAUAUUUCAAUUAUACAUAUUCAUUUGACCUACAAGGCCUAAGCAUUGAUAUUCAGGGCAGAAGUCUAAAUUGCAGUCAGCUAUUGUGAAUGACAUAUGAUCAAUUGCUUUCAGUUAGGCAAUUGCCCACCUUUCUAUAUACAAAUAUAAAUCUUUAUCCAAGUUAUUUUUGGUUUCCAAACACAUUGCCACUGUUUUGUCCUUGGAAUGGCAAUUAGAGCAAAUAUAUGCCUGGGUUAUUCCUAUUUACCUUUCAUUUCUACAUUCUCCUGUAGAUUGGUGAAUGACCAAUAGGCUGGUACCUGAGCAGCAUCUUGUAUAUUUGUAAAAGCUAAUUUGAUUCUUGGGUCUGAUAUUGUUGUAAUUGUUUUGCAAUGUGUCAAUUUUUAUUAAUUCUGAGGGAUAUCUAAUCUACUUUUAAUAUAGUUUGGAUUUUAAAUGGCCAAGAAGAUCCCAGGCUUGGAGUCAACAUUCUUUGAUGGAUUUCUGUUUUGCCAAUAGUUGAGCCAGCUAUGACAACUUAAAACAAUCUUUUACAUAAUGGUGAGAAAUUAAGAAUUCUGUAAUCAAGUGAAAUAUUCACUUGCUUUCACGUAAUUUUAAUGAACCUGAUUCAUAGCUUACAGUGCCAAUAUUCAGUUUGUCAGGUGCUAUUUGUUCAUCAGUUAGAAAAAGGGAGCAUGAAAUGCAUCCUGGAUGCCCUACAAUGAUCUGGAUUUUGCAGGGGAUGGGGGGAAAUGAGAGCUUUCACUGUCAUUACUCAACUGAAACUGACAACAACUUCUGGAGUCCAGAAAGCUAGAAGAUGCUGUCAAAGAUUCUAUGCCACUCCAGAGGGUGCACUGUUGAGGCAUCCCCAGAUUGCAAUCAAAGGGAAAUUUUACAAAUUGACAAAAACUUCCACUCUUACUCUUGUCAACCUUACUGUAAAAAAAAAUUGAAAAAGUUACAUCUUGCUGAUUGAGAAAUAACUGGGUUUUUAACAGAGUACUAACUUCAUAAUUACUGCCAAAUACCCUCACAGGCUCUGAAAGAGGAAAUUUAUAUUUGUAGAAUGUCAAAUUUCUUCAUUAUAAAAAGUGCAACAUGUAAAACUU